UAUGAUUAAUGACGAAAUUUUAGACGCUUUGGUCGAAUAUGCGAAAUCUAAGGAUACUCUUCGAAAGAUAAGCUACUUUCCUGAAGUUUGGAUUAGAUUUGGGCAAAAUCUUCAAGGUUUUUCUGAGGAAGCUUUGGAGAAGGCAUAUCGGUGGAUUCCUUCUAUCGGAAAGGAACCCAGAAACGAAAAGCACGGCUUAACUGUUUUCUCUUUUGCGGAAUGUG